AUGUUAGAUGCACCACAAAAUUCUACUUUGAACAUUGCGAAAAAUUCUUGUUUUCGUUGUCGAGGAUUCAGACACUCAUGUAAUCGACAAAAGCCUAGCUGCCUACGAUGCGAAAAACGAGGCAUUCAAUGCAUAUAUCCUGAGGCAGCACCUACAUUACGUACACUUGCAAUCACAAUAGAAGAAUUGGAUGUUCGGAUGAAAUCAUUGAACCGAAACCUUGGAUUAGGAGAAAAGAUCAUGAAAGAAUGGAAAUUUCUCAACUGCCUACAAAAGACACUUCAUCUAAAAGAAAACGUCGAGGAAGAUUUGGAUGUAUUGUUGCAAGCUAAACUACGGCUAUUUACAAAUUCAUUUUCUAUCCAUCCAUGCAAAAAAUGCACCAAAGAUCUACAGAGCUGUGAUCUUACUCUACCACGUUGCAAUCGUUGUGAAAAUAAUAAUUAUCUAUGUCAGUUUGAGAAAUCAGAACCAAGGGUAAAAACUAUAUCAAAGUCUAUAGCAUUGAUGAAUAGAGUAAUCGAUCAGUGGCAAGACUUAAUUGACGGAUGGGCUCAUGCUGUAAGCCAAAAGACAUACCAGUUAACUACACCUUCCAAGGCAUCACUUCCAUUUGUGUGGAAAAUCGUGUCAGGCCCCAAGGGAUUAUCGAUUCAGGGCAACGUGCAGUCUUUUAAUGAAUUAUCAAACUUCGUCGACCAAUUAAAGAAAUCCAUAACCGUAGCCCCAUCAUUGCCUUUAGGAGAAGCAGCAAAUGUCCAAAACAUGCCUUUUAAAGACUACGCAAAACCAUAUGCAAUAUGGAAUUUAUGGUGUCGAUCUACCCAUUCAUUACCACAAUCCUAUCCAAUUGAUAUCUCGCAAGAUCUUACAGACAGUCUGAUCAGGCUGUAUUGCCGUACACCUUGCUGUUCUGGAAUAAGGAUUCCUUUAUUUAACCCAACUGAAUUUUUGAGGCGCUAUGAAGAUAAAGACGAAAGUAAGCGACCGGCUUUGGUGCUUGUGUAUGCAGUUUGUGCAAUGUCAGCCAGAAAUGCUUUUCAGGUACAUGUCUGGGAGACCCGACCUUCACAUCAUACACCAAACUACAACAUGGGCAAGCCACUAUCGAUCGCUUAUUGUCUACGAGGGCGUGACUUAAUAUCCGAGUGUUUUGACCAGCCAACAAUGGAUCAUUGUAAUGCUGCUAUUUUAUUGUCAUACUGCAACUAUCAAAACGGCUAUACGGAUAAAAUGUACAUUUAUGAGUGGAUUUCAUUUACAAUGGCACAAGAAUUAGGACUCUAUAAUCCAGAAAGAGAGCUUACUUUUUAUGAAAAUCUAACAGUUUGGUGUUUGUACUAUUUCGAUGCUUGGUACCGAGUGCUGCGAGGUGAAUCACAUCUAUCUUCUAGACCAAGUCAACUUUACCCAUGCCAUCCACUACCUCCUCUUCCUUACGAGAAUCAACUAGAUGAUCUAAGUGUAGACGAAAAAAUUGACCAGAUACUGCAUCAGGCGUGGCACUACUUUUUCAGGCUGCAGAUAAUGCGGGACGAUGUAGCAUCAAUGCUGACAAACAAAACGACACCAGACCCUGCAAUCCUUCAGGUCCUGCUGGAGAUGCAGGACAAACUCGAGACUUUUUAUCAGUCGCUGCCAAAAGACUGGCAGAACCCUCUGGUCAAGUGCACCAAUUCUCUCUGUACGCCCAGACCAGAGCCUGGUCUCACCGUUAACGUACACUCAUUUAUUCAAUACAGUGCUCUUUUUGUACAUAUUCAUUACAAUAUCAACAUCAUCAUCAUCCACCAACCUUUCUUGCCAUCAAAAUCACUCAAUUCCACAUCCACCCAAGCCCUUCGAUCACUGGAUAUUGCUUUUAGGGCGGCCAAUGCGAUUUCGGACAUUCUCGAGGCUAUGACUAGAAGAAACGAUUGCCAUGUACCUCUGAUAGGAUUUGUAUUCUCUAAUAUAAUAUUUUCUGAGAUGGCUGGUUACAACGAACCUCAUAAAUCACUCGGACGAAAAUGUCUCGAACGCUCAAUCAGAGUCGCACGGGCAUCAAAAACACACAAGUAUGACUUUGAACUAAGCCAUAUUUUGGUGAAAAUGCUUGAAGCCGAUGUCUACUUGGCUUCCCAGGGCAAGACUCCUUUACAAGGAGGUUCGUUUAUAUAGCAAUAUACGGCUAUUGUUAUGACGCUCCAUGACUCUUUUUUUUUUGUCUAUAAUAAUGUACAUUUUUAUCAUCAUUUCGCAAUUUUAAUUGUUCAUACUCAAUUUUCCUUGAUGGGAAACCCACCAGAAUAGAAUGACCAAGAACCUGGUAUUUACAAUUUGGUCGAUCCGAUUCUAUCCUUGGCCUCUGUGUUCAUUCUGCCUGAUCAAACACAAAUAGUUAAGGUUUCCGUCACCUUAUCAGCUUAGUUGAUAUUUUGUUCUGCGCAAGUGCCCAGUCCAUGACUGUCACCAUGGAGAAGAAAGAGCC